GUGUCUGCCACUCUGUGCAGGAACUCAAUGACAAACAGUGGAGGGACCUCGGUCUGGAUGACAGAGAGGAAGAAGAGCUUGCCCCUGUAAAUGGUGAUGAGAUAGUGAUGUGGGGUCUGCAACACAGGCGGCACAUUCUCCGGGUCCACCGCCUUCUCCCUCGCCUCGAAAAAGUAAUCACACACACUCCGGCUGAUGACACUCUUCCAGUGCUUCUCCAGGAAGAUGUCUCCCGUGUGGUUAAUCAGGAACAGACUGUGGAUCAUCUCAGCUGCAACAAUGAGUCUGCCAUGGCUUCUGACGAACCUAAGGCAAAGAAGCCUAAACUUGCAGUGGAGGAGGAGGAGGAGGAGAAGAAGACGACGGAGUCGAAGACGGAGUCGAAGACGGAGUCUCCAGACAAAGAGUCUCCGGACAAAGAGUCUCCGGACAAAGAGUCUCCAGACAAAGAGUCUCCUGCCAAACUAAGCCCUAAUUCACUCUUUGGAAUGGGAAACCCCUUGCUGGACAUCUGUGCAGUGGUGGACAAAGACUUCUUGGACAAGUACACUCUGAAACCCAAUGACCAGAUCCUGGCAGACGACAAGCAUAAAGCACUAUUCGAGGAGCUGGUGAAGAAGUUUAAAGUUGAGUACCACGCUGGAGGAGCCACACAGAACUCUAUAAAGAUCGCUCAGUGGAUGCUCCAAGAACCCCAUAAUGUGGGCACCUUUUUUGGCUGCAUUGGGAAAGAUAAGUUUGGAGAGAUCCUGAAGCAGAAAGCCGAGGAGGCCCACAUUGAUGCCCACUACUUCGAGCAAGAUGAAGAGCCCACAGGGACGUGUGCUGCUUGCAUCACCGGAGAUAACAGGUCUCUGGUCGCUAACCUAGCUGCUGCUAACUGUUAUAAGAAGGAUAAGCAUCUAGACCUGGAAGAAAACUGGAAGCUGGUGGAAAAAGCUAAAGUCUUCUACAUUGCUGGUUUCUUCCUGACUGUCUCUUUGGAGUCCAUCCUGCGAGUGGCUAAGCAUGCGUCUGAAAAUGACAAGCUGUUUUGCCUGAACCUCUCUGCACCCUUCAUCUGCCAGUUCUUCAAGGACAACCUCAUGCAGGUUAUGCCCUAUGUUGAUGUGCUGUUCGGCAAUGAGACGGAGGCAGCUACAUUUGCUAAAGAGCAAGACUUCGGGUCCAAGGACAUUAAGGAAAUUGCCAAGAAAGCCCAGGCCUUACACAAAGUCAACACAAAGAGACAGAGGAUUAUAGUCUUGACCCAGGGAAAGGAUGAAACUGUACUGGCCUCAAGUGACAAGGUCGAAACCUUCCCUGUGCUGAAGAUUGACCCCAAGGACAUUGUUGACACAAAUGGUGCAGGUGAUGCUUUUGUAGGAGGUUUCCUGUCUGAGCUGGUCCAGGAGAAACCACUGGAUCAAUGUGUGAAGGCUGCACACUACGCUGCCAAUGUCAUCAUCAGACGAGCAGGUUGCACUUUCCCAGAAAAACCUGACUUCAACUGACACGCUUCCGGACAACUCUUCCAUCUGCCUGAAACUUCAUGCUCACCCUCCCAUACACAACUACCCUCAAUUCUCAUGGCGCCUUUUUUUUUCUUUUUUUUUUUCCCCCAAAUCAGCCACCCGUCCAUUUUUUUUUUUUUUUUAAUGUUUUUUUUUUUCAAGCCAGAUAAUUUCUUAACGAUUGUUGCUUGGGUACGUCCUUUGUGUCUUCCACUCGGGGCCACUAGAGGAUAAUGAGACAAUACAGGGAUUUAAUCAUAUAUAAAUGCCCUUAGAGGAGUCAUGAUAACACCAUGGAAUGUAGUUUUUGGAUCUAAAUGCAAAAUCGUGUUGCAGUUGCUGCACUGACACCCACCAGACUCUACUGCAAGUUCUCAUGUUGACAUCUCACAAGUCUGUUUUUUUUUUUUUUUGUUUGUUUGUUUUUCCUUCCUCCUGGAGACAGAAUCAAAGCACAUGAGGCUUAAUUCUACAAUGGGAGGACACAUUAUAUGCAAACAGAGGAAUAAAGAAUAAAACAACUGUCAAGGAAGGUUUGGUCUGCUUUGAAAAUGUGCAGUAGUGAUUUGUUUUAGACUUUUUUUAAGAUUAAUUAUGCCUGACUACGAGUUUAGACUUGGUUACUUUUAAUUUAACAGGCCAGUAAUGAAACCAAAUGUUUUAUUUUUAAGCGCACACUUUUUAAAUGUGUCAAAACUGCUGCCUGCUACGCCCUGUGAUCACUGUGAAAUUUCACCUGUACUGUGUCAAUGAUACUCAGAAGUUACCUUCAACAUCACCACCGUGGAAGUUUGUUUUUCCAGUACGUGCUUCUAAUAAUGAGUGCCUUCUUUUCCCUUUCCGUCUCUGUAAACUUUACUAAGUUUGAAGUCUUGAUGAGCAGAGCCUGACAGGUGUCAUGUGAACCUGCAUUUGUCUGUUUAGGGAAAGCUAGACCAGCUAGACCAGUAAUGGGCAACUGGCUUGUGGGGCAGAAAAUGGACACAGGACAUCUGUAAAAUGCAUGUGAGGUAACUGGUAUUGUUGGAAAGAGGUCAUUCUAUUUGAACGUUGUCUGUCAGAGAAAUACAGUGGGCAUUAAAAUCGACCUGUCCUGUAUAGUACCUGAA